AAUUUCAACCCAUCAAUCUUUGGCCUCAGCUAGUUGUAAUCAGAAUGCCUUACAAGCCAGAAAACACCUACGAUGCGGAUCGGAAAAUUUGGAGUGGACAGGAUGAACGUGAUUACUUUGCUCCCGAUUUGUCAAUAGGAGAGAUCAUUUUCCAUGAGAUGCGACGUCAUCCAAAGCUCAUAGCUCAAAUAUCUGAUACUGAAAAAACAGUGUUAACGCGGGAGGAGCUCCACUUGAACUCGAUGCGUGUGGCCAGUUAUUUGAGAUCCUUGGGAUUACUACAAUCGGAUAUUGUCGGAAUCAUAGCACGAAAUACCACACAUAUUUUUGCGGUUACCUACGGCUGCUUUUUCAACGGAAUUCCUUUCCACGCACUCAACAUACUAUACGAGCAGGCGACUAUUGAACAGCUCUUCAGUAUAACAAAGCCAAGCAUUAUCUUUUGCGAUGGCGAUGAAUACGAUAAGGUGAAAGCAGCUACAAAAAACUUGAACGUGAAGAUCGUUACAAUGCGUAACCAUCCGAUGGAAUCUAUUAGUAUUGACGAGGUUUUGGCUACCCCUGUGGAAGAGAAUUUUAUGCCUGCUCGGCUGGAGCAGGGGAAUCUUCAAACCCUCGCCAUUCUUUGCUCUUCGGGAACUACGGGUAUUCCCAAAGCAGUGACCAUCACGAACAGUCGCAAGAUCCUUAACCCAACCUCAUAUCUGACCACGGCGGACGUUCAGUACACGCAUAGUACUUUGGACUGGGUGACAGGUCUAAUAACAACGGUUACUUCUGCUGUCUACAGCACAAAGCGCAUUAUAGCUGAUAAUCCUUUCGAUCCAGCACGCUUAUUGCGAAUCAUUGCGGAACACAAGGUCACCUGGCUGAUGCAGGCACCUUCCCACUUGGCUAUGACAGCCAACUGUCCGGAAUUUGAGAACGCAGAUUUGCUAAGCAUACGAAGUUACUUCUAUGGAGGCGGUCGCUGCUCCUUAGAGGCGCAACAAAAAAUAAGGAGUCGAUUACGCCAUGAUUGUAUGAACCUGGCCUACGGCUUUACCGAAGUCGGAAGUGCGGUAUCUAAAAACUAUCACUUUGAUGAGAAGCCCAAUUCGGUUGGCCGUCUGAUGAAUGGCUUCAAGGUGAAGAUACUCGAUGAUCACGGAAAGCCCUUGGGACCAAACGAAGUGGGCGAAAUAUGCGUAUACUCUGGUCAAUAUUGGGCCGGCUACUAUGGCAACCCGAAGGAGUCGCACACAGUACGGGACUCAGCCCUAUGGUUUCAUAGCGGGGAUCUGGGCUACAUGGAUGACGAUGGCUUCCUCUACAUAGUGGAGCGGAAAAAGGAAAUGCUCAAGUACCAGAACAUCAUGUAUUAUCCACACGAAAUAGAAGAUAUCAUUUCUAAGAUGCCAGAAGUGGCAGAGGUCUGUGUCUUCGGCAUCUGGAAUGAAUUCAAUGGUGACGAGGCCGCUGCAGCUGUGGUUAAAAAGAUCGGAUCCAACAUACACGCACAGGAUGUGAUCGACUAUGCGAAACAACACUCCACUGCCAAGUACAAGCAUUUGCAUGGAGGAGCUAUCAUUGUGGACGAGCUGAAGCGAACUGUCAAUGGCAAGACCAACCGCCAGGCGACAAAGGCCUACUUUCUGGAGGUUAAAGAUAGAAAUUAAAGGGCUGAGAUUUAUUUUUAAGCAGAUUAGCACAAGUUAUGUUCAAGCACACUCCCACAACACUGAGCAAUCAAAUAAAUAUUUAGUUGAAUUACUUUUUAA